GAAUGGAUCCACCACCUAAUAAUCAAGCAAAUACAAACAGAAAAAUUGAACAAGUACAAAGACAAGUACAAGAUGUUACUUCGGUCAUGUCUGAAAAUAUGACUCGUAUUAUGGACCGUGGCGGUCGCUUAGACAGCUUGGAACAACAAAGUGAUGCACUGCAGGAGUCGGCUCACACAUUUACUCAAACUGGACAACAACUUAGACGUACAAUGUGGCUUCGCAAUUUGAAAUGGACUAUUAUUUUUGUUGCUAUUUUGGUUAUUCUGUUUAUUAUGGGUGUAUUUAUCAUUCUUCACAUGCUUAAAGUGAUUUAA